GCAUCGAGCAGAGCAGAGCAGCGCUGAGGAAGAGCUUAGAGGGCUACUUCGAUUGAGCUCGCCUUCGUAGUCUUCUCCUUCUUCUUCGAGCUGCGGCCAUGAAGUAUGUCUUGGUGACGGGAGGGGUGGUCAGCGGGCUGGGGAAAGGGGUCACUGCCAGCAGCAUUGGGCUCCUCCUCAAGGAAUGCGGACUCCGCAUCACGGCGAUAAAGAUCGAUCCUUAUCUGAAUACUGAUGCUGGGACAAUGUCUCCAUUUGAGCAUGGAGAAGUAUUUGUCUUAGAUGACGGUGGCGAGGUGGACUUGGAUCUUGGAAACUAUGAAAGAUUUCUUGAUAUAAAAUUAACUAGUGACAACAACAUCACAACUGGAAAGAUCUUUCAGCAUGUCAUCAACAAGGAGAGGAAGGGAGAUUAUUUAGGAAAGACAGUCCAGGUUGUUCCACACAUUACAGAUGCUAUACAAGAGUGGAUUGAACGUGUAGCUAUGAUACCUGUGGAUGGAAGAGAAGGCCCUGCUGAUGUUUGUGUUAUAGAAUUGGGUGGAACUAUAGGAGCUACGAUCUUUUCACGGCAUAAUGAGAGUAGCAUUCUUGAUGCAGGGGACAUAGAAUCUAUGCCAUUUAUAGAGGCUAUGAGUCAGUUCUCUCACAGAGUAGGAUCUGGGAAUUUUUACCUAGUUCAUGUCAGUCUUGUUCCGGUUCUAAAUGUAGUCGGUGAGCAGAAAACUAAGCCAACACAACAUAGUGUUCGGGGCCUAAGAGGUCUUGGAUUGACACCAAAUAUUUUGGCCUGUCGGACUACCAAGCCUCUGGAUGACAACAUAAAAGAGAAGCUUUCACAAUUUUGUCACGUUCCACUUGAAAAUAUUAUUACACUCCCUGAUGUCACAAACAUUUGGCACAUUCCUUUGUUGUUGAGGGAGCAGAAGGCACAUGAAGCUCUAAUAAAGACAUUGAACCUUCAAGGGAUAGUUAAGGAGCCUUUGUUGGAAGAAUGGUCUGUGCAUGCUAGAAUUUGUGAUGCUUUGCAUGAUCCUGUCAGGAUUGCCAUAGUUGGAAAAUAUACUGGCCUUUCUGAUUCUUACAUCUCCGUGUUGGAGGCACUUUUGCAUGCUUCCACUGCUUGCAAGAAGAAACUUGUGGUGGACUGGGUUCCAUCUUCUGACCUGGAAGACAAUACUACCCUAGAAGCACUUGAACUUCACAAGGCAGCAUGGAAACAGUUGAAGGGUGCAAAUGCUGUACUAGUCCCAGGAGGUUUUGGAGAUAGGGGUGUGGAAGGAAAAAUUCUUGCUGCUAAAUAUGCCCGUGAAAACCAUGUUCCAUUUCUUGGAAUUUGUCUUGGCAUGCAAAUUGCUGUGGUGGAAUUUGCUCGGUCUGUGAUGAAUUUGCAGGAUGCAAAUAGCACAGAAUUUGAUCCUCACACAACAAAUCCCUGCAUAAUUUUCAUGCCGGAGGGCUCAAAAACUCAUAAGGGAGGUACAAUGCGAGUUGGAUCAAGGAGAACAUAUUUUGAUGUUACAGAUUCCAAAUCUGCAAAACUGUAUGGCAAUCCUAACUUUGUGGAUGAAAGACAUCGACAUAGAUAUGAGAUAAACCCUGACAAGGUUGCAGAAUUUGAAAAAGCUGGUCUUGAAUUUGUUGGUAAAGAUGAAACCAGAAGACGUAUGGAGAUUGUUGAAUUGCCUAAUCAUCCAUAUUUCGUCGGUGUCCAAUUUCAUCCAGAGUUCAAAUCAAGGCCCGGAAAACCUUCUCCUCUUUUCUUAGGACUGGUCGAGGCUGCAUGUGGAAAGCUUGACUGUCUGCCGGUAAACGCUGCCCAUCUUAGCAACUCACCCAAACGAGCUAUGUCCCCUGCAAAUGCUUAUGAAAAUGGGAACCCGAAGAAGCCGGCUAAGAGCUUUUCACAUAGAAAAAUCUUCCCCAAUGCCAAUGGUGUGCAUGCAUGAUACAUAUAUAUAAGCAAGUUGUCUUAGUUUUCGACAAAAAAUCCGCACUAGCUGGCUUAGGGUUUUAGCAAUGUGACAACUAUAUGUCAAUGUUCUAGUUGAUUUUCCUUUCUUAUAAUUUGGAAUAUGUGUCUUUGUCCAAUAGUAUUUGGUAUAUUUAACCUUAGCCUCCCUUGAAUUAUAUCAUAGUCAACCAUGUAGAUAAUUAUAUACAUGUACAUUAAAUGAAUAUAUU